AUGGAAUAAUAAUAAAAUGAAUAGGCUCAAUCAAUAAGAUUCGAAGAACCUGUCUAUAAAUUGACCACUAAAUUAAUGAAAACAUGCAAUCCUAAGUAAGAGAGUUUAAGAAAUCUAUGACAGGACUUUAGAUAAGAAAUACCUAAAAGACUUCAAAAUCAAACCAAAUGAAACACUUGUCACUUUAAAUAAUACAAAAUUAGAUCCCUAAUCUCCAAAAACUAACAAGGCUUUAUAGGAUUUAAAUAUAUAUAUCAAUUAAUUAGAAUUGCUGUAAAAUUAAUCCUUUUUACAUUUAGGGAUAAAUCAGAGUUUAAAAAAAAUGGAGAAUCUGAAGAAUUAAAAGAGAAGAGAUACUGGUUACAUUAUUUUUAAGUAGCUUAAAUAAAAAAAUCUGUUAUUUUAUAAAGGAAUAAGUAUAAAAGAGAAGAAUGGAUUGAAAAAUAGUAACGUCCCAAAUCGAUCUAAACUCUAGAUCAAAGCAUGAAUAGUAGUAUCAAUAUAAGUGAAUAUGCUCCUUAUAAAAGUCCAACUGAAAUGAUUGAAAGUUGGAUAGAUAGUCAAGUUUAAUAGAAUGAUCGACAAUUAUAAAAAUUCAACAAACUAUAAUAAGUAAAUAUCUUAAAUAAAAUUAAAUAGAAAAGAAAAGAAUAAGAUGAAUAAUCGUAAGAAGAAUAAGAAAAGUAUAAAGAGAAACUUUAGAUAAUAUUAGAAAAGAAGGAAAAAAAUAGAUUAAAUAAAUUAAUGUAGAAAUCAUUAAUUGCAAAAAAGGAUGUAUCAAAGAGUUUAGAGAUAUCAACUAAAAUGAAGACUGUUAUUCAAGAAGAGAAAUAUAAAAAUGCUUAGAUAAAGAAAUUAUAAACAGAAUAGAAUAUAGAAAAAGCGUAAUUAAUAUAUAUACACCAUUAAUAGAUAAAAAAGGGUUGACCAAAUUAAAUAAUCAUAUGUAGAUGUCUUAGAGGAAAAAUAAAAGAUAUAUGAAGAAAAAUUAUAAUAAGUCUUAAGAAAGAAAGAUGAAUAAGAUUAAUAAUUGAUGCAAAAUAGAUUAAAAGAAAUAUAAACAGAAAGAACUCGUAAAUCAACUAAAAAAAUUAGAAAAUCUGAUGAAUGGUCUACAAAAUUACCUUUAUUGAUUAGUAGAAGUGAAGCCUAAUUUUAGAAUGUAUAUAACUCAAAUUUAGCUACAGUAAUUGAAAAAUUUUAGAGGGAAGAAAAAAAGAAACUUAAAUAACAUAAAUCUUAAGUAUUAGAAAAAGAUCAUAUUGAAGAGAUUAAAUAAAAAGAAGAAUAAUUUAAAAAAAGAUAUUUAGAUAAACUAAAAUAAUUUGAGUAAUAUAUUAUAAUUAUGAAAUAAGGAAUAAAAGAUAGAAAAUAGAAGAGAAAUUUACUAAAAAGGAUCAAUAUUUAAUUGAACAUUAAUAAAAAAAAAGAGAAGAAUUAGAAGAGAAAUUUGAUAAAAUUAGAGAAAUAAGUGCUGAUAAUGGAAGAAGAUUCAUAAAUAUCAAAUAAUAAUAUAACAAUAAAUGUGAUAAGUAAAUGGAUAGAGAAUAAAAGAAAUUUAAAUAAAAUAUGAAUCUCUUAAAAUAAAGAGAAUAGAUUAUUGAGUAGUUAAGAUAUAAAAGAUUCUUAGAAAAGAAUAAACCUUUGACUUUAUCUUAAGACACUAUUUCAAAACAUAGUGAUAGCAAACUUUAAGCAUGA